AUGGAUGGAAAAGUUAAUAUUCAAUGUGUACUAUUCUUUGAUUGUGAUGAACAAACAUGUGUUGCUCGAUGUCUUGCACGCGGAAAAGCAAGUGGACGAACUGAUGAUAAUGAACAAAGUUUAAAAAAACGAAUUCUUACUUAUAAUGAAUCAACUCGACCAAUUAUUCAACUGUUUGAGAAAGAUAAUUUAGUUAAACGAAUUGAUGCUUCAAACCAUGUUGAUAAAGUAUUUCAAGAUGUUCGAAAUGUAUUGAACAAUAUCAAAUCAACAACUGAGUGA